GGAUACCAUUCUUCUUUUUAAUCGUAUUAGAACAAAUGAUAUUAACUGUUAAGUAUAAAAAAAAAUCGUUUAGAUUGAACGAUCAAGUGACAUCGUUUUCUCAUUGGAUAUUUCAAGAGUCUGGCCGCAUAUUGUUUCGCGGAGCAGAAUAUUACGUUUAUAUUGUUAUUUAUGAUAAUUAUCAUCUAUGGAAUUUACCAUGGAAUUCUAUUUGGACUUGGUACAUCACCGCUUUGGGGGUAGAUUUUUGUUAUUAUUGGGUACAUCGUAGUAAUCAUGAAGUACACUUUUUAUGGGCUCACCAUCAAGUACACCACAGCAGUGAGGAAUUUAAUCUCGCGGUUAGUCUGCGUCAAUCUGUGCUACAACAUUGGUGCAAUUUUAUUUUCUAUUUACCUCUAGCUUUCUUCAUACCCCCAUCACACUUUAUUGCACAUCAUCAAUUCAAUUUAAUUUAUCAAUUUUGGAUACACACGACAAUUGUUGACAAUCUUGGACCCUUGGAAUUAAUAUUUAAUACUCCUAAACAUCAUCGCGUUCAUCACG